UAGAAUAAAAGGUGUGUUAUGGAUUUCGAUGACCUAGAAGUCCCAAGCCAGGCCACUUCUCGAGUUUCAAGAUUCGCGCCAAAAUCAUCAAAACUCAAACCUAAAAAAGAACCACAACUCGUUCCCAAAAUAGAGCCACAAGAAAUAGAUUUAACAGCCAAACAGAAUGAAGAUUGCAUUGAAACUAUCUCGCCGACGCAGAUGAAGUCUGAACAUAAUGGUACUGUUAAAGUUGAAGCUGAAUCGAAGUCUGAACCUGAACAUGAUUCAAGAAAUGUCGAUUCCGUGGAUGUAGAAAUGACUGAGGCUGAAAAGGAUUCAACACAAGUCAAUCCAAUGGAUGAAGACAAUGAAGAAGAUACAGUCGUGCGUGAAAUUGAUGUAUUCUUUUCUCCUUCUAUUGAUGAUGACAUUAAGUUGUACGUUAUGGAAUAUCCUUUAAGACCUUCAUGGCGACCAUAUGAACUCGAUGAACAAUGCGAAGAGGUCAGGUUGAAACCUGAUAGUUUAGAUGUUGCGGUUGAUUUAUCUGUUGAUUUGGAAUCAAGUACUGUUGACGAAGAAUUUUCGAAUAGACUCAAAUACACGAAGCAGACUCUAUCAACUACAUGGAAGCCAUCUCCUGCAAAUGGCUGCGCUGUUGGACUUCUUAUGGGAGAUAAGCUGCAGCUUCAUCCAAUUCAUGCAGUUGUGCAGCUCCGACCAUCACGACAUUAUCUUGAUUCUGGUGGCUCAGAAAAGAAUAAUGUUGCUACAUCAAAUAUGCAGAAUAAGCAGAUGGAGCCUUCAAAGAGUGACGGUGAUGAGUGUUGGGUUCCUCUCAAGUACCAUAGUUGCAAGAGUGAUAUCUCAGCUAAAUAUUUUCAGCAAAUGGUGGCACAUGAAAGUUUUCCCGUAAACUUUGAAAUGAGCGCGUAUGAUUACAUUGCUGCACUCUGUGGUGGAGUGAGCCACAACAGUUUAACUAAAGGUCCUUCUACAAGGCAUCUUCUAUCAUUGCCGGUGGAAAAGCGUCUUGAGACAUUGCUUAUUGAGGGCCCUCCACUUCAUCGUUUUAGUGCUAUCAAGUACUUUGCUCCUGAAUACUCUAAUGAGGAACUGCUGAGUUUUCUGCAGAAGCAUGCAAUAUUGCUGCAGGGAUACUGGGUUCCUAGAGGUAGCUUGUUGUACCCUAACGGAGGUGUAGAAUCGUUGGCAAGAAAUUAUGUCCUCGUAUUGUUUCACAAAAGUUUGAAAGUUCGGUUUGCUGAUGUGAGAAUAUGGAGUGAUCGCGUGAAACACUUUGUGAAACAAUUUGCUUUUGAACAAGUUGAUCUAAAACGCGUCAAGUAUUGGAAGUUCAAAGAGCUUUCAGAUGAGUCCUUUAUAAAAGAAUUUCCUAAUGUUGUUAUACAACAAGAAGAAAUUUUUAAGAUUUUGGAAGAAGAGGUAACUAAAGUUGUCUAUGAUAUUGGAAAACAUAAACUUAGCAAAGUGCGGUAACAAACAAUGGUGUCAAUGAUGCUCUUGUUAUUUAAGUU